AAAUAGUCGAUUAAAUAAUUAACGCGAGGCAUUGCAUAGUUCCUUUACUGCCGUUAACUCUGCAAUAAUCAUGUAUAAAAUUCUGAUAAUUUCAAUUUUCUGUGUUUGCAUUGGUUAUACAAUGGCACAAGAGGAUAUCAUCUGUCCCCCGGGUUUAGACUUUUGGCCGCACUGGAACUGUAGCCUUUUUUACAAUUGUUCUACUGAUGGAAAUCACUUGGUGUACGAGUGUCCGGUCGGACUAUAUUUUAAUCCAAGUUUCGGCGGCUGCGACUUUCCAUUUGCGGUUUCUGAAUGCGUCGAAGGCACCAGAGCCCCACCAGGGUCAACCACCACGCCCAUAUCCGAACCAAGCACCACUGCAACCUGGACCACGCCUCCAAUAACCGGCUCGACUUCGCCCCACACCACGCCGAGUAACGACAUUUGUCCAGAAGGAAGUGUUUUCUGGCCCCAUUCGAAUUGCUCACAGUUUUACAUUUGCGUGGCUUGUGGCUCGCCAUUUGUGCACUCCUGUGCGGCUGGCUACUUUUACAGUACGACCUUAGGAACCUGCGACUUGGAAGAAAAUGUUGUCGAUUGUGUUGAUGGGACGAGACCAACGACCACUCCAUCACCCGUCCAAUGUCCUCCCGAUGGAACUCAUAAAGUGCCACAUCCCACUCAUGGUGAUGCCUUCUUCCUUUGUGUGGAUGGGAUUCUCGAUCCGGAUUAUUACUACUUCGUGUGCAGUGAUUGUCUGCAUUUUGAUGCUCUUUCUGAGAGAUGACCCAGACCUUGUCAACUGCAGUGAAAUAUGUACAACGUGGCGGCCCGUCAAUAUGUAUUUCUGUAUUUCAUUCGUCCAUAACUUUGUCAUUAUCGAACUAUUAAUUAUUUCUAUUAUGCAUUAUGAAAAUUAAAACGUCUAAAGAAUCUGA